AUGAACAAUUCUCAAGGACCGGGUGAGAAUAUUGGUAGUAGUAGUGAUGCCGCUGGUAAUGAAUCUACAAGUUCUACGAAUGAAAGUGAUGAGGCUCCACUCUGGAGUUAUGUGACGAAAAUAGAGAAAGUAGGAGCAACAGGAGGAACAUGGAAAUUCAAGUGUAGCUUUUGUGGUGAACAGCGAUCAGGUUCAUAUUCUCGGGUUAAAGCUCACUUGCUUGGAAUAAAAAAUGUUGGAAUCUUAGCAUGUAAGAAAGUACGAAUGAGUGAAAAGGUUGACAUGCAAAGGCUGGAAAACGAGUUUGAGGAGAGGAAAAAAGAGUCUGGAAAAAAAGAAGUGUCUUUGCCUUGUGAGACGAAUUCUGCUUUCAAGAAGAGGAAGUCUAGUUUUUCACCUAUUGAAAGAGCAUUUGGAAUUGCAGCCAGAGACCAGUUGGAUCAAGAAAUCGCCAGAAUGUUUUACACCGGAGGUGUGGCUUUUAAUCUAGCAAGGAAUCCACAUUAUCAUAGGUCAUAUCAGUUUGCUGCUGCCACUAACAUUGAUGGUUAUGUGCCUCCUGGUUAUAACAAGUUGAGGACGACUUUGCUACAGAAAGAAAGAAACCAUGUUGAGAGUUUAUUAGUACCGCUUAAGUCAACAUGGAAUGAAAAAGGGGUGUCAAUUGUGUCAGAUGGUUGGAGUGAUCCUACAAGAAAGCCACUUAUUAAUUUUAUUAGUGUUUCAGGAAAUGCUCCUCUGUUUAUGAAAGCUGUGGAUUGUGCUGGGGAAGUGAAAGAUAAGUUCUUCAUCUCUAAUUUGAUGAAAGAAGUUAUAAAUGAAGUGGGUCAUCAAAAAAUUGUGCAAAUCAUCACUGACAAUGCAGCAAACUGUAAGGCGGCUGGAGAGAUUAUUGAGUGUACUUAUCCUCACAUUUAUUGGACACCUUGUGUGGUACACACUCUUAAUCUUGCUUUAAAGAAUAUAUGUGCGGCAAGGAAUGUGGAAUCAAAUUCUGAAACAUAUGAUGCAUGCAAUUGGAUAACAAAUGUUCAUGGGGAUGCUCUUGCAAUCAAACAUUUUAUCAUGAACCACAGCAUGAUACUAGCAAUAUUCAGUAAGUUCUCUCCUCUUAAGUUACUUGCAGUGGUUGAUACUCGUUUCGCUUCCAUUGUUGUGAUGCUUAAGAGAUUGAAGCUUAUCAAAACUGGCCUCCAGUCCAUGGUUAUAAGUGAGCAGUGGUCUACUUAUAGAGAUGAUGACAUAGGAAAAGCGAACUUUGUUAAGGAGAAACUUUUGGAUGAUGACUGGUGGGAUAAAGUCACUUAUAUUAUUGAUUUCGCUAGGCCAAUCUAUGAUAUGAUUAGAUAUUGUGAUACCAAUAAACCAUGCCUUCACUUGGUAUAUGAGAUGUGGGAUUCCAUGAUUGAGAAGGUGAAAGCUGAGAUAUACAAGAAAGAAGGACUUCAAGGAUCUGAAUAUAGUCUCUUUUUUGAUGUUGUUUAUGAUAUCUUGGUGGCUCGUUGGGCAAAGAAUAACACUCCUCUACAUUGUUUAGCUCACUCUCUAAAUCCAAGAUUUUAUAGUGAAGCUUGGCUACUUGGAGAUGAAACCAGAAUUAGUCCUCAUAAGGAUGCUGAAAUCUCAACUGAAAGGAUGAAAUGUUUCCAGAGAUUGUUUCCUAGUAGUGAAGAUCAUACUAAGGUGAUGAAUGAGUAUGCAUUAUUCUCGAUGAAGAGUGGUCAUUUUCAGGAUCUGAUAUGCAUUUUGGGGAUGGAGAAUAUGGAACCUAUGAACUGGUGGGUAAACUUUGGUGCUAAAACUCCUCUCCUCCAAACACUGGCUUUUAGACUUCUUGGACAACUUAGCUCUUCUUCUUGUGCUGAACGCAAUUGGAGUACUUACUCGUUCAUCCACUCACUCAGAAGAAACAUAUUGACUACAAGUCGUGCUGAAGACUUGGUUUACAUCCACAACAAUUUGCGGCUUCUAUCAAGAAAUACUGAUGAAUAUCAAAAUGAAAAGACCAAGCAGUGGGAUGUUGGUGGAGAUGAAAGUGAUAUUCAAGCUGAAGCAGGAAUUAUGGAGUUAUCAAAUCUUUCAUUAGAUGAUCCGGAUUUUGAAAAUCAAUUCCUCAAUAAUUAG